AGUAGGCCUAGUCGACGAUCGCCGAGACAGCAGUGGAAAAUGGCAGAAAUAUGGCAGGAAUUGAGCUAAUUGAGCUUCUAUAAGGCAUUUUUACAGUGAGUGGAGUUAUGAAAUCAUAGAAAGCGUAUUUUAAGCUUAUGAAAUCUUUACAUUUUUUUAUAUGAAGUAGUCUACAAUCUUGACAAUGCAGCUGUCAUUUUGUGUCGCGUUUGCUGUUGUCGCGAGUGUAUGUGUCGAGCUGGCGGCUGGCUACUUGCCCGUGGACGGGCAAGGAUAUGACAAUGGACACGUCGGGAAGAAAGGCAGCUCAUCAUCGAACUUAUAUACAGACAACGAUCGAAAAGAUGACCCUCUUCCAAGUUGCACAAGGGAAGCUGACUAUGAAAUCAGCCAGAAUUAUAUUAUUAGAACAAAAGACUCAAAAACCAAUGGUGCAAGUUUUGUUGCUGCCUUAUCGGUAAGAACAUUUGACGUUUGUUUGGAGCAGUGCUGUUUGAAAGAAAAUUGUGACACUACCAUUUUUGUUGGGGAAGCAUACAGGAGCGAGGAUACAAACUGCUUUCUUUUUGUUUGCCGACCAGAGGGUAAAAAUGGGGAAAAUCGUUGCUUGUUCACGUACCAUCUUGGAUACAUUAGUAGUAUGAUGAAGGCAUUGGGAGGAUUUCAAGGAUAUGCACCUGAUCCAAUGACGACAGCAAUACUGGAUAUAGAUCGAGAAGGAGUCCUACCUGUUCAGCAAAUAGAAACAACUUCAAAGCCAGCACCACCUCUGACGUUGACACCCAUUGAACAUACUCCAGCUUGCCCAGAUGGUUACUUUGAGUGUGAUUCUGGGCAGUGCAUCAAUGAACUGUACAUCUGUAACUCUGUGGUUGAUUGUGAUGAUGGUUCUGAUGAAUACCGAUGUAGUGCAGAAGAUCCACUUCCAGCAGAACAGAUUGAUGCUGGUCAAAACAUGCAGACAGAUGACCAGAAACUGCCCCAGUCUCUUCUAAUGCCUCCUACUAAUCCACCUAACAUGCCCAAUAAAUAUUCUGGUGAUGUCAAACCUGGUCCAUCUCUGAAUGGAGAAGCUGAUCAGACUCUGGCUGACCAACUGAAUGACCAAUCGCCAUUAGAGGAUGGUGACGGGGAUCAGAGUAGCAUACAAGACACAGACCAGGGCGAUCGAGAGAGGGAACUUUCUGACAUGAAGAUCAGGCUGGAGGAUGAAAGCAGGGGAAGGUUGCCACAAGCUUUAGGGAACCUAGAACCUGAUGAGGACAAGGAUCAAGACCGGUUUCCAAAACUGGAGUGCCAUGGUGCAACGUGCUAUGAAAUCCAGUCAGAUGGAGGAAAGAGUAGGUUUGGGGAUGUCUUAGAUGGAGAACAAGCAGAUGAAGAGGUGGAAAGAGGAAGAGGAGAUGAAGAAGAAACUCUGAAGUCAAGGCCAGAAAACCAGCAAAAAAGCCCUGUUGACACACAACCAAGAAAUCUGGAAAGAGAAGAAUACCAGACGGGGGACUUGAGAGGUGAUGAUGCCUACCAACCUCCUCAGAGGGCAAAGAUGCCAGAUUAUAAAGAGGAUGCUGACAAGUAUGUGUAUGACAAGAAUACAGGCGAUUAUAGAGUGGAUGGGAAUGACAACACACAUGACAUCAAUGGCAGAGUUGAUGAAAUGGAUGAGCAGAAAGAAGACAGGGGAAGAGAGGAUAAAUAUGAAGUCAACAACCAUCUUUCAGAUGUUAAAGACAGGGAUGCCUCCCAACAGAGAGUCGCGGACUAUGACCCGAUAGAUCGGAAGAUAGUUAGCGACCAUGAUAUGGGUAUGAAGCCACCUGUUGACGUAGGAUCACCCAGAAAUGAUCCUUACAGAGAUGAAGACCAGGACAGGCAGGAUAGUCCUCCCCUUCGAGGAGAUGGGACCAAGAACUGGGGAUUCCCAAACAAGCCUCCCAAACCUCGCCCACCAACCCAGCCACCUGUUAGGACUAGUGUGUCUAAUUCAGAACCCCGUCUGGGACCAGGAUAUGGCUACAACAGUGACUACUACAGCUAUUACUACCAGCCUUAUGGACAGACCCAAGAUCACAGGUCCCAGCAAACACAGAAUAACAAAUGGCCCUCAGACAGGACCAGACAGGACUCAUAUGGUGGUAGAAACCCUCAGGGUGCUUCUAACCAUCAGGCAAAGAACAACCCCUACAGAGUACCCGUACACGAAACCAAUUAUGACAAGUCAAACAGGUACGACACGAACACGGAUGUCUACGAUAACGGCAGACGGUACCACAAGGUGUCUGACAUUCCUGCAGAUCACAGAGGAGACAAGCUCCCAAGCAAUGAUGCAAAGACAAGGUCUCGGUACAACAGCCUGUGGAAUACCUGGCCUUAUGACUACUCCAGCAGCGUUCCCGAUGAAACAGUCGUUGUCGACAAUGACCUCUCUUUCCAGAACAGCAACAGGAAUCGCCCCUCCUACGUGACUCCGUCCAAGAGUAGACCCCACCCCAAAGGGCACAAGCUUAAUGGUAUAGCUAACAUUGCCCUGGCACCUCCUAACUCUAUCCCCACUCCAACCAUCACCCUUUCCUCUAUCCGUCUUGCUGUUGUUACCCAAGCUCCUGUUCCUAUUGGCAAUGAUGGCAAGGAUGUUUCAGAGCUUGAAGCGGUCGUGACUGUGGUGGCUCCGCCCAAUGAAGAGGUGACUGAUGGGAAGGCCAAGGAUGCUGUGAAGGUGAAUGAUACUAACGUACUAACAGAGGAAGGCAACGAGAAUACGGUUGAGAUGGUGUACGAGUCCCAUGGUGGUAGCGGAAUGCCCCCUCCUAGCAGUGCUAUCUUACCCCUGGUCAUUGGCCUGGUCAUCACCGUCUGUCUCCUCCUGAUGGUAGGAUGUCGUCUGCGCUACAUGAACCAGAGACUGCGCUAUGGACGCCUCAAGACCAGCGCUCAUGAUGCAGACUACCUGAUCAAUGGCAUGUAUCUGUAAUUGGAGAAGGAGAAGGCAGAGGAGCAUUGAGGAGUAGGAUAGGGGCUUCAGUUAUGCCCCUUGCUGUACUUAAGUGGUAGCAUUGGUUUGCAAUCCUGUUAGAAAUGGUUCAGCUUGCCAAAUGAGAUGUUUAAAAAGCGAAAGUACUAAAAAUGGCACCUUGCUUGGUACCAAUAUUAAUCGCAUCUAUUUUGAUAUCUCAUACUCUGAACGCAGAGCAUUGUAUCCAAUUUUCAAAUCUUGGGUGUAAACUUUCAGGAGAUGGUAAUUUGAGCUCAGAAAUGGACUUUGAAGUUACUCUCUUGGAAAUUUCUUAGAAUUGGCAAAAAAGCAGACAAAAAUGCUGCAAACCAAUGUUACUACUUUUAAUACAGUACGUGUACCAUUACCACCUUUCAUAAUCCAUAAUCAGUAUCAUUGUCAUCUUUCUCCAUUUUCCAUGUGUUCCUAUGAUAUUCAGGUAUUUUAACCCUACUCAACCUUACCAGGCAAUUGUUUGGCUUGAGUGGAUAUUUUUGCUGUUUCAGUGGCAGUAGAUUAGUUUGUAUCAGCAUUGUAACAAACAAUUGUAAAUUCAAGUCGCUACAUGCACGGCAGGAGGUGUGUCAUGGCUUUGAUGCUUCUUUUUUACCACUUAGUGUCAACUUUUUUUUUUUAAUCGUGUUUUUAGAAAUGAAAUAUCAGUAGAUGGAAAGGUUUUGUUUUUGUUGACAGUAAAAAAAGAUAUGGAGAAAGAUAUUUUGAUCUAGAGUGUUCAUGACUGGAGGAUUAAUUUAAGCUCCCUGUAUUUUGUUGUAAGCAUGUGCACAAAACUACAAAUGUAAUUGCUUACGGUACAAAUUAUGGUUCUUUACUUCUGUUCUAGUUGUUGUUAAUAAACAGGUGUUCAUGAUUAUUUCUUUCUGUACAGUCUCCAUUAGUUUGGUAACAAUUUAAUAUUUGUUCACCUACAGUAUGAUGCUGGUGUUCAAAUGAUUGUGAAGUGAUGUCUUGUCCAGUUUUAAUACCACCGUUUACUUAUGUUCAUCCGUCUCUUGAAGGCCAUGCAUUCAUUUUCAAGAUUUUGAGAUAUUUACAAUCGCUGUAAUAAUGUUUUUCACAUCUUCAGAUAAUGGUAGUGAAAAAUGGUACUCAGUGUUACAGAAUUUGUCUGUAUAUAUUUGUUACAAGUUUGGUGUACAUGACUAUUUCAGCGGUAUGAGCCCUUGGAGGACUUUGGUACUCUGUUGUUAAUCAGAGAUGUAAAAAAUAUAGGGUUGAAAAGAAAUCUUAUCAAAUUGAUUGGGGAAUUUUAUUCUCACUGAUCUUGAAAAAGCAUGAAAUCUGUAUAAUGAAAAUAAUACUUUCAUGUCCAUGUAUCGGUAACAUAGUCAUUAUGUAGGCACGAAUAUAAAGUACUUUUGUCUGCUGUACUAUUGUCUAUUGUACUACAGUGUAUUUCAAUUACUGGUUGACAUCACAUCAUUACUAUUUCGGGUGUAUAUUGGUGUUUUUUGUAUUCAGUUAUUCAGGUAUUCAAGUUACAUGUAUGUUUAAACAGUUAAGUUGUAUAUUGUUAAAUGUUAUGUUGGUGAAUUAUUUGAAGGGUAUGUAAUAACAAAAAACACGUGAAAGAUCAAGUUGGAUUAUCAACCUACUGGUAUUCCAUUCUAGACCCACUUCUUUUCAUUUCUAUCAUAAGUGGCUGAUUCGUGAGUUCAAAAAAUUCUAAACUGCGUUUGUUUGUGGCUGACAUUGUAAUGGGAAUGUGCAUUAAUAUAUAUUCUUUCAUUGUAUUAAAUUUUAUCAUUCCUUAUUACGGGUAUUGUCUUUCACUAUAUCAUGGACAGUUUUCAGCAUUACAGUUAUUGUUCCAUUUAUAUAAAUAAAAAACCUUGCUUGUUGCAAAAUUGGCUCGUAUAAUUUAUGCAUCUUCUUUAGAACGUAGAUUUCCAUAAAGAGGUGACUAGUUAUGAUUUUGUGUUCUAAUGCAGUUGUUAUCAGAAGGUAUUGUUUGUUAUGAAAACACUUCUUGAGUUAAAUGUAUGGGAAAUAAAUACGUUAUGAAUCACUUAAAGAUAUAUAUUUUUCCAUUUCAGGCUCUGUUUAUAUAUCUCUUCAUUCCUUCAGCCAUUUCAACCAUCAUAUUAUAUAACAUGCAUUCACCCCCUUAUAUUAACAUGACCAUGUAACUGUCUGUGGUUGUUUUGUUUUGUUUUGUUUUUAAAAGAAGUAUGCAAGUAGAAAAUCCAAAUAUCACGUUUCAUUAUUUUUAGUGCAAAAUAAAUGUUUAAAAAAUAUUAUUUACAGAUGCAAUGACGUGUAGAACUGGUGCAAAGAGAGAAAAAAAAUUAUGCAAGUUAAAAAUACCUGUCUAAAGUAAAAAAAUUAAUACAUUUCGCUGUGAAUUAGCUUGAACUUAAAAUACAUGCAAAAUGUAAUUAAAACGUUAGUGAAAACAACUACUUUCUGCAGGGGAUCAUUCAUUCAGUCCAACAAUCUUUUAUUGAUCUCCUGCAACAACUUAUAUAUCAAUAAAAUUAAUCAAAAAUAUGUAUCUUAAAAUAUAUCAUAAAGUUAACCAAAUUUGCUUUUAAAAAGAACAUUGGAUAAAGCAUAUGUCACCCAAAUAUGUUGCUUUCACCAUUAGAGAUAAAUUGUCUGUACAUUGUGUUUAGUUUUUCAUUUCUGCAUUUUUUUUUUUCAACCAGAGGUUAUUUUUGGCCAUUCUGUCAUACAAAAGUAUGUAUUAAUGCUGUUUUUUAAAUUAUAUUAUUCUUUUUAUCAAUCUUAACUGCGAAUUUCCACAUUACUUUUUAUUUCUGACAGACAGAUUUUAUGUUAUUGUUUUAUAUUAGCAUAUUAUGUUUUGAUUUGUUUCUUUAUGCAACACAAGAGACUUAAUACAUAGUUAUUAUUUUGUC